AUGCCACUCUCCACGGGUUCCGUCGAUUCUGGUUUCUUCGGGUGUUCUACUAAUAACUCUUUGAAAAAAGGAGAUUCAGUAGAUCUACACAAAUCAUCGCCUCUAUCCAUGACAGACGAAGAAGAAACUUUAUCUACGUCUUCUUCUGGAUUCUCUAGAAGUUCGGCUCCUGCUGGAGAAGCGGCUCUCUCUUUACCAUCAGCAUCGAUUCAACCUCCUGUAUUCUUGGCUUUGAAUUCUGGAAUGUUUCCCAGAAAACCCAGAGCCCGUGUGCGACGAUCAAAUCGAAAGCUGAAAAGACUCACAUGCCCAGCUAAAUCAAGAUGUGAUUCGCUAACAUCUUUAUUACCUGCAACCUCCAGCGUUUCUACUGGAAUCUCUUCGUGCUGUCACUCAGUUGCUGGAAGUAGCCGAAGUUCAAUCUCUUCUUCCCCAAAUUCUCAUAGCUAUUCAAUUGACGAAUUAGCUUUACGUCUGUACUUUUACUUCAAAUCUCUCCUUAUUUCGGUGAAUAAGCAAAAGGCAAUAUGCGAGAACAUUGCGUAUCUUGUGAGAGAUUUUGAUGCUCGGUGGGGUAACUCUGGUGUCAGGAAGAAGGCAUGUGACCCAAAAGGCUGCCUAGCUCCUGUUUAUUCUACAAAUCGAUUUAACAAUGAAUCGGAACAAAAACUGGUAGCUCCUGCGAAGUUUCCCUUGUGUUGGGCCGUCCCUCAACCUGCGAUUUUCUAUCAGUUGAUGGCUAAUGAUGUACUGGAGUAUAUCAAGUUUCUCGAACGCGUAUCUCCACAAAUGAAAUCUCAACACCAGCCGUCGGGACUACCGAUCCAAAACGAGCGAGAAGCUUCUGCUUCAAUGGAGGCCUUAAAAGCACUCCAAUAUCAGCAGCAAUGGCAGCACCACAUGACGCGCGGCGUUUUUCUCCCUCAGUUCGUGUACACUACCAUUGACAAUCAGAUGAGACAAUUGAAAAAUCGAGAUCAUCAAAGUCAACAUCAACAUUCUCAUUUGCAAAGAGUUCCAUCGUUCGAUGGCGAAUUUCCCACUGGAAAGGAAUUAAGAAAACGGGAUUCUUCAAAUGAUUCUCAAUGCAGCAGUGAAGCAAAUCCCAACGAAAUCCCUCAGAUGAUGGAGAAGUUGGAUGCUGAUCUCGACAAGACGCCGGUAGUCGACGAAGAAGGAAUCAGACGAUCGAGAAAAAAUGUUGCGAAUAGCGGGAGGAAGGAUCAUCGUAAAAUGAACGGUGGGUAA